CACCGCUGUAAUUCAGUGGGGUGAUCUGCGGCUGUUUUAGUGAGAGGCUGAGAUUGGCGUGAAGGGGAGGUCUGAAGGUCUUCUUCCCUUGUGAGAUUUCCAGCUUGGAAACACCCUUUGUGGUUCGCGUGAGCUGCGUAAAUAGAUCAGCUUUGUCCAAUUCCUUAAUUGCUUCGUUUACUUCAUAUCAUCGCAGUAACAAAAGAAUAGAAGCCAUGUCAGAUGAACAAAAGGCAAUGCAGCUCAUGCAGGAAGCUGAGAAGAAAUUGAAUUCUUCAAAAGGUUUCCUGGGGUCUCUGUUUGGAGGUGGCUCCAGGGUGGAAGAGGCAUCUGAGAUGUACCACCGCGCCGCCAACAUGUUCAAGAUGGCCAAGAAAUGGAGCGCGGCUGGCAAUGCCUUCUGCGAGGUGGCCAACCUCAGCCUGAAGAACCAGAACCGGCAUGAUGCCGCCACCAACUUUGUCGAUGCUGGAAAUUGCUACAAAAAGUCCGACCCGAAUGAGGCCGUCAACUGCCUGAUGAAGGCGAUUGAGAUCUUCACGGACAUGGGCCGCUUCACCGUGGCGGCCAAGCACCACCAGACGAUCGCCGAGAUCUACGAGACGGAGCUAGUUGACCUGGACAAGUGCAUCAAGCACUACGAGAAGGCGGCGGACUACUUCCGCGGCGAGGAGUCCACCUCGUCGGCCAACAAGUGCCUGCUCAAGGUGGCCCAGUUCGCCGCCCAGACGCAGGACUACGAAAAGGCCAUCAGCAUCUACGACCAGGUGGCCGGCACCUCCCUGGAGAGCUCGCUGCUGAAGUACAGCGCCAAGGACUACUUCUUCCGGGCGCUGCUCUGCCACCUGUGCAUCGACGUCAUCAACGCCAACAACGCCGUGCAGCGCUACCAGGAGAUGUACCCGGCGUUCCAGGACUCGCGCGAGUGCAAGCUCAUCAAGACCAUCUGCACCCACCUGGAGGAGGAGAACGUGGACGCGUUCACCGAGACGGUCACCGAGUACGACUCGAUCUCGCGCCUCGACCAGUGGACCACCAUGAUGCUGAACCGGAUAAAGAAAACCAUACAGGAGGACCUGAAGUAGGCGCGCAAUCAGCCGCCGAGUCCACGUGGCCGGCCGGGGGAGGCCCCGCGCCGCCGACGAGUCCAUGCCUCGCUCUGGGGGGCGCAAGUCUGCUGGUUUAUUACUUUGUUGGUGUGAUAGUGUCGCUGACGGCUUCUUUUCUACCCGCAGGCGAUAGUCUGGGGCCUGGUUCCGAUAUAGCCAUGUAUUGUUGAGUUAUGCGGCGCCGGCGUGCGGGUAUAAUUUAUGUGCAUCGGUAGCUUGCGGUCGGAUGACUACCCUGGCGGGGCCGUUUCGGGCUGGUUUGUGCAGUAUAGGACGGUCUCGGACGUGUGGCGGGAUCACAGUGGGCUUGGGAGCGCCCCAUGUGAUGAGCUGAGCUGCACACUAUAGCGUGUGAAUACCUUUGCGGCGGCCGGAGACGUCGUUCGCUCUCGCCUGCUAGCUACCAUUCCAGUGUUUCAAGACGUCUUCUGUUCUGCGAAAUGGCGUUCGCAGCAACCGAGUCGCGUGGUGUUCUUCGCUUAUCCUGUCCGUGGCGUUCGACGGGGUACGUCGCAACCCUGAGUGGUAUUGCUAGUUGCCCUCACUGCACUUCCAGAACUAUCGACACGUAACCAGUCGCCCGUUGAGAUGCUCUCCGAUUUUACUAGCGUCAACUCCUUGGAGCCGUCAGCCGCGUGUGCUGCCGGCGCGUCGUGCUGAUCAGCCGUCGCAGCCCCGCGGCCGAUGGGACCCCGUCUCACCCUCCCCCGUAGCCUCUCGUGCUUGCCGGCGCAGCGGUCGGCCGCGUCGCCUCUCUCCGCCCUGUUCUGCGUGUCGUGCGUUCCGCUAGUGUCGGCCGGCCGUGCCCUCGGGCGUCGGCCGUGUCGUUUAGAGCAGUCCGGUGCGCCGCCACGGGUCGCCGGCUCAAUGGACGUCCAUCGCGGCGAAUAAAUCCAAAGAGAAGA